AUGGCUGUAUUUGCCAUAGCGACGACGCUGCAGCUGUUUCAGCUUCUAGCUGCAGCCUCACUCAUGCUACUUUCAGACACAUCAGCAGCCUCUUCGCCGCUAAGCGGCAGCGGCAUCCGAUGCGGUAACAUAAGCUUGCCUUACCCGUUCGGCGUCGCCGCCGGGAGCUACCGGGAAGGCUUCAAGCUGGUCUGCAACGAGACAUAUGAUCCCCCGAAGCUCUUCCUCGGCAACACAGGAGUUGAGGUGCUGGAAAUCAGCGUUCAAGACGGCACUAUACAUAUUGACGGUGGUAUCCUCAGCGUGGACAUGGACAUGAUGAUUUCCAACCCAACCAGCAGUUUGAAUUUCCUGGAUUGGACGGUGCCCCUCAAUGGCAACCUCUAUACAGUGUCUUCGUCCAACCAGGUUGCUGCUUUGGGCUGCGGUUUUCUGUUGGUGUGGACUGUCCCAGAAGAAGGAAACCCAGGAGAGGGAGCAUCCACCACGUGUUCUUCCAGCUGCGCAGCCGGCGGCCAUUCUGUAGUAGCCACCGAUGGCACGUGCGAUUGCAGUGGAGUGGGUUGCUGCUCUGUUUCAAAAUUGUUUGGUCACUACAAUACAUUUAGCUUUGGUUUCGGAAUGAACGACAAUGUAAGAUACACAAACAUGACGACUUUGGUAGUGGUGGAUCCAGAAUGGUGGAGUGAGCAAGAGAACAUCAUGGCGGUGCAGAAGGCGGUCUCGUCGCACUCCUCCAUCCUCGGCGCCUCUGGAGUGCGGCACACCGUACCAUGGAUUCAAGUCAGGACAGUCGUGAACUGGGUGUUCAGUAACUCGUCGUGCGCUCGAGAUAGGAAUACCGGUGACUACGGUUGCCUCAGCGACAACAGCGAAUGCCAUGACUCUGAACUUACAUCAGUCGAUGGUUACAACUGUAUGUGCCAGCCUGGGUUCCAAGGCAACCCUUACAUACAAGAUGGAUGCCAAGGACUUCUUGUUGUGAUAGCAAUUUUCAGUGGAAUAGCUGUGGCGAUAUUCAUCUUUACUGUUGUAUUUGUAAAACGUAAGAUCAGAGUUUGGAAAGCCAGGAAGUCAAGAGAAUUCUUCUUCAGGCAAAACCGAGGAUUGUUGCUACGGCGGCUUGUGGACAAGGACAUUGCUGAAAGGAUGAUCUUUACCUUAGAAGAGCUCGAGAGGGCAACAAAUAAGUUUGAUGAGGCUCGGAAACUUGGAGGUGGAGGCCAUGGCACCGUCUACAAAGGCAUUUUGUCUGAUCAACGUGUUGUUGCCAUCAAGAAGUCCAAAAUUGUUGUUAAGAGAGAGAUUGAUGAUUUCAUUAAUGAGGUCGCCAUCCUUUCUCAGGUAAACCAUAGAAAUGUGGUAAAGCUUUUCGGCUGCUGCCUUGAGAGUGAAGUUCCGUUAUUGGUUUACGAGUUCAUUUCAAGUGGAACUCUUUCUGACCAUCUUCAUGUUGCUACUCCGCUAUCAUUGCCGUGGAAAGAGCGAGUAAGGGUAGCUCUUGAAAUUGCAAGAUCCCUUGCUUACCUUCAUUCUGAGGCUACAAUAUCGAUUGUACAUCGAGAUAUAAAAUCUAGCAAUAUACUACUUGAUGAACGACUCAUAGCAAAGGUAUCAGACUUUGGAGCCUCUCGGGACAUCCCCAUUGAUCAGACAGGAGUGAACACUGCUGUUCAAGGCACUUUUGGUUAUUUGGAUCCAGAGUACUACCACACAUGGAGACUUACCGAGAAAAGUGAUGUAUAUAGCUUUGGUGUAAUACUUGUUGAGCUAUUAACAAGAAAGAAGCCAUUUGACUGCAUGCCAUCACCAGGAGCCAGUCUAACUGCAGAAUUCAUCUUGCUAGUGAACCAAGACAAACUCUCUGAGAUACUAGACCCGCAGGUCACUGAGGAAGGGGGACAAAAGGCCAAAGAAGUUGCAGCGAUUGCAGUGAUGUGCUUAAGCUUACAUGGUGAAGAUAGACCCAUAAUGAGACAAGUAGAGACAAGACUUGAAGCAUUGCUAACUGAGGUCCAUGGUCAUGAAAACAUAGUGGAAACUGAUGGGCUCAUCUUAAAUGAUCAGCAGAGUAAUGACAAUGCUAGAGAUAACAUAAGCAGGAGAUGCAGUAUGGAGGAGGAGUUCUUGUGUUCAAUGAGUUUGCCUCGGUAA